AUGUGGCCAUGGAUUCAUCUAGAUCCGGCAACGAUAUUGCUCAGCUUUGAGACGAGUAAUGAGGUAUAUUUCGUUCUACGAGAGCAGCAUUCCCAAUCUACUACACAUUCUCGCAAUAAACGACGGUCAACCCGAUUGAGUCACGGAAGUGACAAACCCGUUGUCAAUGUGGCAACGGCUGCGCGUCUGAUACGUAUCUGCAAAGGAGACAGAGGUGGUUUACCGCAUGUCAGCGCCGAUACAUUCGCCACGUUCGCCAAAGCGGAUCUAUUGUGUCAAGCCUCCGAUGAAGAAGGAAACUACUUCUUUUAUACUCAGGUUACAUCUGCAUUUUGGGACAAUUCAACCCAAAGACUGUAUGCUGCAUUUACGACGGAAAAGUGGGCACCAAUGGGUAGCGCUUUAUGCGUUUACCCGAAAGAAAAUAUAGAAAAUGCUUUCAGUGGGCCACUACUCCUGUCAAACAUUGUCGGAAUAAGCCGACCGCCAUCACCAGUGCCAAAUUCUUUCCCGAACAUUUGUGAGCGGUUCAACGCUGCUAACCUCACCGCGGCCGAACUCUCCAUUGGACGGCGAAUGUCUCUCAGUUUUCCCAAUCGGUAUAACGCAAUCGAGCCACUAUACAAGCGCGCCGUCUUGAUGCAAACUGGGCCGGAAUGGAUACACCUCCAAGUCUACGAUCUGCCAGCAUUGCCGAUACACUAUCACUUUGGGAACCCGGUGAGAACCACAAUGAUUUGGUUAGGCACGCGGAACGCACUAACCCGAGUGGUACUAUACGAAGCCGGAAGCUCGCAAGUGGUCUGCAAACUCGGUGAGUUACACACUGGACAAGCGCUCAACUUGCUGGCACAAACAAUUCAAGGCAAUCCUCCUUCGUCAGUGAAUUAUGACCCAGUGGAAGAGGUGCGGAAUCUCAAGGUCACACUGGACAAACUAUUCAUAGCCACAAACCGACAGGUACUGUGGCUUCCAUUGACAGAUUGUUCUCGUUACACUACCUAUGACGACUGCAUGGCUUCGAAGGACCCUUACUGCGGAUGGAGUUGGCCAUAUGGUCAGUGUGUCAACGGAUACGCCAGUUCCAUGAGUCCGAAUUCAAACUGGUACAACACAUACUCGCCCUCAGUGGAUCGCCGGAGACCAGAGAUUACUGAUCUGUUCCAUAUUGUAUCACAACUAUUCAACAUCGUGUGGAUUUUAAACUUGACUUACUCAGGCUCUUUUUCUCUCCCUAGUGCCACAGCGCAAAUUGGUGCGCCUUCACAUGUUGAAUAA